AUGGUAAACAUCAGAUCAAUAAUAUGGUUUUCAUAUGGACAAAGUAAAGUGAUGGACCUAGAAGAGGGUACAGUUUCACUCUUUGAUCAUCCUGAUGAGAUAUUGGGAUGGUGCACGUAUAAUGAACUAGAGUCCUGGAUGAAAGUCCAGCCAUUGAAACGUGGUGCCGAUUUGAAGGUGGAUGUUGAGGCUAGAUGGGAACGAAGAGAUAGCGAUAUUUUUAUUUUCAACGUGGGAACGAAGAGAUAUUUUUAUUUUCAAGAUGGGAACGAAGAGAUAGCGAUAUUUUUAUUUUCAAGAUGGGAACGAAGAGAUAGCGAUAAUUUAUUUUCAAGAUGGGAACGAAGAGAUUGUCCCAGAAAUGUUUCUCAGUAUAUUCAGACGAUAUGUUCACGAGGUGCUUAUAACGUUUGCCGCAACCGACAAAGAUUCAACGUGAACGGACUGACGAAUCUGUGA